GUUCUUCGCUUCCUCGUCUUAUCAUUCCCUCUUCAAAACAACCAGGUUUCUAUCAGAUCUGCAAUCUUUUCUUUUAUUAAAUCGAUUCUUCACCCUCAAAUGCACCUUCUUUUGGCAGCGUGACUUCACUUGUCAUAUUUUUCUCUUUUACUGAAAAUUCCAAAUCAUGGCGAUCGUCGGCCCCAUCACUCCCGGUCAGGUUUCGUUUUUUCUCGGCAUAUUUCCGGUGAUUUCAGCUUGGAUCUACGCGGAAUAUUUACAAUACAAGAAAAAUACAUCCGCAUCCAAAGCUAGGCACUCCGAUGUGAAUUUAGUCGAAAUCGGAAAUGGUGCCGUUAAGGAGGAAGACAGAGCGAUUUUAUUGGAAGGCGGGGGUCUUCAAUCCGGUUCUCCUAAAGCGCGGUCUUCAACAUCUUCCUUUUCGCCAAUUCUCAAGUUUCUUAUGAUGGACGAGACUUUCUUGGUUGAGAAUCGGUUGACGCUUCGAGCUAUAUCUGAAUUGGGUGUCCUUUUGGUAUACUAUUACCUAUGCGAUCGCACUGAUGUGUUUGCCUCUUCGCAAAAGAAUUACAAUCGGGAUCUUUUCUUGUUCCUCUACUUUCUUCUCAUCAUAGUUUCCGCAAUAACUUCAUUCAAGAUACACCAUGAUAAGUCACCAUUUUCAGGGAAAUCUAUACUUUAUUUGAACAGACAUCAAACUGAGGAGUGGAAAGGUUGGAUGCAGGUACUAUUUUUGAUGUACCAUUACUUUGCAGCUACAGAGAUUUAUAAUGCUAUCCGACUUUUCAUUGCUGCUUAUGUGUGGAUGACUGGAUUCGGAAAUUUCUCAUAUUAUUAUGUGCGCAAAGAUUUCAGUCUUGCUAGGUUUGCACAGAUGAUGUGGCGGCUCAAUUUCUUGGUAUUCUUUUGCUGUGUCAUCCUCAAUAAUAGUUACAUGUUGUACUAUAUAUGCCCCAUGCAUACUCUAUUCACCCUUAUGGUUUAUGGGGCACUUGGUAUUCUGAACAAGUACAAUGAGAAAGGAUCAGUCAUUGCUAUAAAAAUCAUUGCCUGCUUCUUGGUAGUUAUCCUAGUCUGGGAAGUGCCUGGAGUGUUUGAAGUCCUCUGGAGCCCAUUUACCUUUUUCCUUGGAUAUACUGAUCCCUCAAAGCCUAAUCUUCCUCGCAUGCAUGAGUGGCAUUUCCGCUCAGGCCUUGAUCGUUACAUUUGGAUUAUUGGAAUGAUAUAUGCUUAUUACCAUCCAGCUGUUGAACGGUGGUUGGAAAAACUCGAGGAAACAGAGGUGAAGAGGAGAGUAUCCAUCAAAGUAGCAGUGUCGAUAAUCGCCCUUACGGUUGGAUUUCUCUGGUUCGAGCACAUUUACAAGCUCGACAAGAUCACUUACAAUAAGUACCAUCCUUAUACGUCAUGGAUCCCAAUAACUGUUUAUAUAUGUUUAAGAAAUGUUACCCAGUCCUUCAGAAGCUACAGUUUAACCCUUUUUGCUUGGCUUGGAAAGAUUACACUGGAGACCUAUAUCUCACAGAUCCACAUCUGGCUAAGAUCCGGGGUUCCAGAUGGUCAGCCUAAGCUGCUGCUUUCUCUGAUCCCAGACUUCCCGAUGUUGAAUUUCAUGCUUACUACUUCCAUAUACCUUGCAAUAUCUUACAGACUCUUUGAUUUAACAAAUAUACUGAAGUCAGCUUUUGUGCCAACCAAAGACAACAAGCGCCUCAUCCACAACUUAAUUACUGGUGUUGUAAUCUCCAGCAUAUUAUACUCGCUAUCUUUCAUGUUCCUCAGAAUCCCUCGGAUGUAGGUGUGAUGAUUACAAGUAUAGAAAUACUAGAAAGCUGUCACGACAACCUUGUUCAUCACUGUGCCAUUGGAAGUGUAAUACCUUAGCAAUAGAAACUUAAAAUUGCAGAACUCAAUUGGAGGAGUCCUCGUUUUAUCGAUCAGAUGCUGGGGAAUCUUGGAAUAUGCGAGUAAGGGGAGGAUCUAAAUUCAGUAUAGAGCCUCUAAUUUGAGGUUUGUUAGUUUUGUUCUUUCUGAUUGUUUUCCGUAGAACACUACAAUAUAGUAACUUAAUUCAUUACCAUG